AUGAUCCCUACACUCCUGCGCGUGGGAAUCCUCGGCGCAGACAGCGAAGCAGUCCGAACGAUUUACCUCCCAAUCCUGCAAUCCCUCAACCAAUACUUCGCAGUCACAGUCCUGCACAGCGCGCUCAGCAACGCAACAGCAACCGACACCCCACGCAUCACCCCCUCCAUCGACGAUGUCAUCAACGACCCUUCCGUCACCCUCAUCCUCAACUUCAUGCCCAACGAGUACCACGAAGCGUACACCAUCGCCGCCCUCGAAGCCGGCAAACACGUCAUGGUCGAAACCCCGCUAAGCCUCAGCAUCAGAAGCACACGGCGCAUCCUGGAGGCCGAGAAGCGCGCCCCGGACAACGCCAAGGUCUUCGUCGCCUGCGCGCGCCGCCACGUCCCCUGCCUGGGUCUCCUCAAGACCGAGCUCGCCGCCCUCGACCGCAUCUACUACGCGCGCUGCCGCAACAUCGCCGGCCCGCACCCCGCGCACCCCGCCACAGCGCCACUCAACCGAGCAGCCGAGACGGAGACCGCCGACGCCGGCCCCGGCGCACAGCAGCUCCGCCAGAGCCUGCUCGAGGAAGUCUUCAGCGGGCAGGAGCUGAGCGCGGAGCGGGUCGCGCUGUGCCAGUUCCUUGCGUCGCUGGGAUGCCAUGAUCUCGGGCUGAUGCGCCACGCGCUGGGCGCCCCGGACACCAUCUCCUCCAUCUCGGUGAACGAUCCGUUCUACUCGGCGAUUUUCCACUACACGGGCCGCGCGGCGGGCGGCGGGCACCCGUUUACGUUGGUGUAUGAGACGGGGACGGACUCUGUGCCGCGGUGUGAUGCGCACCUGGCCAUCUACGGCCGGACCAAGACGGUUAGUGUGUACUACGACCUGCCGUAUGCGCGCGACUGGACGAUGAGGGUUGUGGUGGAGGAGAGGGAUGAGCGCGGGGAGCUGAAGGUGACGGAGAGCGCGAGCAGCUGGGAAGAUGGGUAUCGGGAGGAGUUGAAGACGCUGUAUGCCUUUGUGGUGGAGGGGAAGCCGGUGAAGACGACGGCGGCGGAUGGGCUGGAGGAUCUCAAGUUGUUCCGCAUGAUGUUUGAGCAAUAUGAUCGGCAAUGUGGGACCAUUCGGACCCCUCUUGGUUAA